UUAUAUUUAUAUAUAGAUAUUUAUAUACUCAACUUUAUUUUAUUUAUUUAGUAAUAAAUAGACUAUUUAGACAAUUUGUUGUAGUGUCAUUUAAAUACUGAAAUAUAAAAAUCAAGCACAGACAAUUAAGCUGGCAUACUAUAGGCCUUAAUUUACAUUAUUAGCAUACAUGCAUAAUAUUUGGACAGAAAAAAAGUGAAAAUGUAGCUAUAUAAUUAUUUUUUACCAUCUAUUUUUCUUUUUGUAAAGCCUCACCAAUCUAGGGAGCCACAUAUGGUUGCCUUUUAUAGAAGUAUGAUUUAAGUGUUGCCUCUCAGCAUUAUCAUCCAUGCAUUAUGGGCAAUUGUGCAGCUACUGUUUCUAAUCAUUAUUCUAAAGACGUGGGUGUAAGUGGAUUUGUAAACAAGGAAAACAGAACUGAUUUGACUAUCUGACUAUUUGCCAAAAUACCAUACUAUAAAACGGUUUUUAUAAAUUCAGUCAUACCAACUGUACAUUCUGCAACAACACUGAUCAUGAGAUAAUCCAUCCCUUUUCGUAUGCAACCCAAUGUUGCUGAAAAAAUCAGCUGUCACAGGACAUAUGAUAUUCUCUCUCUCUCUUUGUGCAAUGGAAUGAUUCUACAGAUGGUUAAGGUUCUUCAUGGAACUAUUUAUGCCAAGAUGCCUAUUUUUAAGAGUACAAUGUUCAGAUAUAACUAUAAAUUUACAGAAAGCAUUACACUAUAGUACUUAAUGUUUAAUAACGUCAUGUUUCAUCGCUGGAUGUAAAUAAUUCAGCUCCUGAUACUGUUUCGAUGGGCGCUGGAGUGGGCGUGGUCUAACAGCUCGACGAGAAAUCCGAUUGGAUGACAGUAACGUGAGAGGAUGCGCAGUAUUCUUCAAUGCUAUCAGAGAUUAUCUUGUUUUUGUCGCCAUAUCUGUCACACUGAUAACGCUUCGGUAGAAAAGUAAUUCUUCUGUGUAGUUCAAUGUGAGACAUAAUGUAAAAGCUCUUGCCCUGUCCAAUUUCAAGCGUUUGUAACAGAAAUGCACGUUGCUGGCAGUGCUCUGUCCCUCACUGCCACUGAAACUACAAGCGACAACAUGGAUGAACAGUAUGUAAGAUUCAACUAACGUUGAUAUUUUACGCAAGACGACAAAUGUGAUGGGUACCGAUGCUAGCAAGAACAGCAAGCAGUGUACAGGGUCGGAGGAGCAGUCACAAAUAUCCAGAUGGCGGGGAUUUCUCUCUGCUGUGGGUAUUGCUCUCCCAGCUGGGCUCUGCCGAAUCAACCCAUUACGAAUCGGAUCACAUAGAAUGAUUUGUGACAAGGAGCCAUCCAUUCCUGAGCACCUGGUCUCCUCAUUACCGGGCCCUGAGAAACUCUGUAUGGAAUGGAGUCUGCCAAGUUUUAUCAAUAUGUUUCUGCCUGAAUUCCCCCAUCGCAACGUCCCAGGACAUGAACAUUUUCAGGUCCUGGGUUACAUAGCAAAAGGAUCUUUUGGACCCAUUUUAAAGGUUAAGGAUAAGUCGAAGCAAAAGGUUUAUGCAGUUAAGGUUAUUCCAAAAUCUGAGAUUUUGCGCUUGGGAGUUUUGGAGCAGUCUAAGGAGGAAGUAAUAGUCCAGCGUCAGGUCCGCCACCCUUUUGUCCACGACCUGCAGGACUGCUGGCAGACCCAACGGCACAUCUACAUUAUGUGUGAUUACUGCAGCACAGGGGACUUGUACACAUACUGGGUGAUGAUUGGACAGUUUGGAGAGGAUGUGGUAAAAGUGUUUGCUGCUGAAUUAGGUUCUGCUCUAGGGUUUCUUCAUGACUGUGCAAUCAUCCAUCGUGAUGUGAAGAUGGAGAAUGUCCUUCUAACAGACCACGGCCACCUACGACUGGCUGACUUCGGUUUGUCCCGGCGUCUUGAGCGUGGAGGAAGGGCAUUCACUAUUUGUGGAACGAUCCAGUAUAUGGCUCCUGAAGUCCUUAGCGGUGGUCCCUACAACCACGCGGCUGACUGGUGGUCUCUCGGCAUCCUUCUUUUUGCAUUAGCCACUGGAAAGUUUCCUGUGUUUCCAGAGCCGGAUCACUGUAGCAUGCUGAGGAGAGUACGCAGCUUCCUUUAUGAGAUGCCAAAAAACUUCUCUCCUCCCUUUGCCCUCCUGCUUACAGAGCUUCUUUGUAAGACUCCAGCACGUCGUCUUCGGACACUGGAACGCUUCAAGCGGCAAACCUUUUUCCACGGCACGCCGUUUGAUUCCCAUCUGCUCCAAAAGACCCCCAUGGAGCUGAUCCUGGAGCUGAAGAACCGGCCUGACCGCCCUGCCAAAGCCCGUCGAGGCCUGACCCUGGAGCCCUUCCCUAACUUUGACUGUGACUUUCUCUUAACCUCACCUUGCACACCUACCACUCCAGACCUUUCUCCGACUCUGGCCAACAUGGAACGAAUAGAAGCGCUCAUGCAAAGCCAUGUACCUCAGGAUGAUGCUUCACAACGAGAAGUGUUUGUUUAACAUUUUAAGACAGUUUUGUCUGGAGUUUCCAAAAUCUGACAUUUUAGAGACAUGUGGGUCAAGGUGGGAAACUUAAAGGGAUGGUCCACCCAAAAAUUAGAAUUUUGUCAUGAUUUACUUCUGUGGAGCACAAAAGAAGAUAUUUUGAAGAAUGUUGGUAACCGCACAACUGACUUCCAUUGAAUGUACAAAAGAAUACAGUGGAAGUCAGUGAGAACAGAAACUGUUUGGUUGCCAACAUUCUUUAAAAUAUCUUCUCUAGUGUUCUGCAGAACAGAUAAACAAAUAAACAGGUUUGGAAUGACAUGAGGGUGAGUAAAUGAGGACAAUUUUUUUUUAUUUUUUGGGUGGACCUUUUAAUAGGAGGUUAUUCCUCUGUGAAGAAAUAUGUUUGUUAAAUGUAUUUCUUUUUUUUAUUGAGACACUUUAAUCCUUACGUUGAAUUCCUUACCUUUUGUUGAGACAUUUAAUGAAAUGUGGUUCAUAGUUCCUCAAGUCCUUUGACGUUAUUUGACUAUUUUGUCCUGAUUAAUAUGCCAUCACUGCAUUUUCUUUAAACAAACAUACCAUAAAUUCAGUUCUUCCUAGUUUUCAGUUUUAUGCGAAAGUUUGGGAACCCCUUGCAGAAUCUGUAAAAAUGUGAAUAAUUUGAACAAAAUAAGAGGGAUCAUACAAAAUGCAUGUUGUUUUUUAUUUAGUACUGUCCUGAGUAAGAUACUUUACAUAAAAGAUGUUCACAUAUAGUCCACAAGACAAAAAAAAGCUUAAGUUAUUAAAAUAAUCCCCUACAAAAGUAGGUUCUUAAUACUGUGUGUGGUUACCUGAAUUAUCUACGUUUUUUUGGUUUUGUAAAAGUUGUUCAUGCAACUUUUGUAUAUUUGAACUCUUUCCAGCAGUGACUGUAUGAUUUUGAGAUCCAUUUUUUCACACUAAGGACAACUGAGGGACUCAAACACAACUAUUAAAAAAGGUUAAAAAACAAAAAAACAAUCGUGGAUCAUCCAGGUAACCACACACAGUAUUAAGAACCAAGGGGUCCCAAACUUUUGCAGGGGGUUAUUUGAACAAUUUCAGCUUUUUUUGUCUUAUGGACUAUGUGUAAACAUCUUUUAUGUAAAAUAUCUUACUCAGGACAGUACUAAAUAAAAAAUAACAUGCAUUUUGUAUAAUCUCUCUUAUUUUGGUAAAAUUAUUAACAUUUUCACAGCUUCUGCAAGAGGGUCCCAAACUUUCACAUAAAACUGCAUAUUAUUUUGAAAGCUACACAAACCCUCAGGGAUAUACAUUAAUGCUAAAUAGAUCAAAUCGUCAAGUUGAUAUCUGUACUUUUAUAUGACAUUUAUAUGCUCAGCACUCUGCAUUUUUUUUUCCAUGAUGCACUUUGGACUGUGGGAAAGAGCCUGUGUUAUGUGUUAUACCAAUUUUCCUAUUGACUUUAUUGUUCAUGCUGUUAUUUUAACCACUGCUGAGGGCCUGGUUGGAUGCCCAUGCAUGCAUGAAUGACCUUGUUUGCCUGAGAUGACAGUUCUUGUUUUAUGCCUAGAAUGCCUGACACCAGUGAUCCUUUAUUAAACACU